CAGUUGAUGUUAUUUUAAUAGGGCUCCAACACUACCUCUCUCUCAGUUCUCCAUUGAAGCUUGAAUCGCAGUUCAAGUUCUCCAUUGUUCAAGUUCUCCGUUGAAUCGCAGUUCACUUUCUGAUACUUGCCUUCCCCAUUGAAGCAGCUUUUGAUACGGACCAUCAAUCAUGGUGGUCAAAGUGUUAUCUGGUGUUGCUGAACCUGAUAUGACGAGCAAGAAACAGCGAUUAAAAGUUCUUGUUAAGAAGCCUGCAAAUGGUAUUUUUCCCAAAAUACCUAAAGUUAACUGCUUGAAGAAGCCGCGGAUUGUUGAUGAUGCGAGUGAAGUCGGUACUAGUGUCGAAAAUUACAUGUUGGGAAAUAACUUCCGUGUGCUUGGAGUAUGUCCGUUGUCAAAGCAAGUGCCUAAAGUGGACUGUGGGUUUGAGAAAUUGUCGGGAACUUUCAAUCAGACAACACCUGUGGUGAUUGGCAAUAAGAAGGUUAACUCUACUGUUGGAUUCAAGCGAAGAUCAGAGGAAGUGAUCAAAGGUCCUGUAUUGAAGAGGUUGAAGUUGGACCGCUCUGUGACAUUACUUUGCCAGGCUGUUCUUGAAAAGCUGAUGGAUAAUCCGCUGAGUGUCCUGUUUAGCGUCCCUGUAGAUCCUGUUAUCUGGAAUAUUGACGACUACUUUGACAUCAUCACGAAUCCUAUGGAUCUGGGGACCAUUAAGCAGAAAUUGCUGCAGCAUAGAUAUGAACGCUCUGAAGAGUUUGAGGCUGAUGUGAAACUGACGUUUUCUAAUGCAAUGUUAUACAAUCCUCCUGACCAUUAUAUUCAUCAGCGUGCGAGUUCUCUCAUCAGGGUGUUUGAUCGUCUUUGGGAACCUGUAAAAAUAAAAUUGCAUGGGGAGCACAAAGAUAUAAGGCAAAGGUCUUCUCAUCUGCAUAAGAGUGCCUGUCCUUUGUCUUCAUCAAAGUUCAAAUGUGUCGUUGCAACAGGGAAAACGAUUCCUUAUGAUGAAUUUACUGCUGUAAAGGAUAAACAUACUUCAACAUUGCAAAUGGGUAGCAUUGGUCAAGAUUCUGCAAGUACUUUUAUGGAUUUAGAACGUGGCUAUGCUAGUGCUCCUUCUACAAGUGGCUCUUUUGGUGCUGCUGCUCCUUCUACAAGUGGCUCUUUUGGUGCUACCGCCAAAGGCUUGGAAACUAUAUCAGAUGUUGAACUCUCUCCAUCAAGAGCCCUGCGUAUUGCAAAAUUGAAGAGUCGGUAUGCAGAAACCAUAAUGAAGGCCCAAAAUCACACAUUGUUGGAACCUGGUGCUGAAGCUGAUAAAACAAAUCGGCAGGAAGAGAAGAAAAUAAUGCAGAGGCGGCAACAUGAAGAGACAGCUAACAUGAAUGCAAAAAUAAGAGCUGCCAAAUCAGCUGCGCGAUCAAGAGAAGAAUCUAAACUCAAAAAGCAAAGACAAGAAGCGAGGGAGGCAGCCCAAAUGGCCAUUAGAAAGAUGGAACAAUCUGUUAAUGUUGAUAACAACCUUCAAGUUAUGAGGGAUCUUGAGGCUUUGGUUGGGACCUCUUUGGUAGUGAUGUGUCCUGAUCUUACAUCUCGUACUAUGUGGAACUAUGAAGGCACUAAUAACCUUAGGAGACCAUUGGAACAGUUGGGUCUAUAUAUAAAGGAAGAAUACAGUGUCGAUUAUGAUUUUGAUGAUGCCUUUUUAGAGGAAGAACGGGAAGAAGGGGAGUUUGUUCUUUGAAUUAUUAGAGAUAUAUGUAUAGACAGACAAUGUAGUUAACUUUCAACUUUGAGGCUUGAGGGUUGGUACAAGGGAAGUAGGGAACCCUUCCUAGAAGGUGGCUCUUAUCCAAUCUCUCUCCCUCAUAGUUUUGUAUAUGAUUCUUUGACGGUUAUGGUUACGGUUUUUUUGACCCCAUGAAGCUGUAGAGGGUUGUGGUUUUAGUGGUGUACUCUGUUUCAGCUCCAUUGUUUAUGACUUAGUAUAUAUGUUAGUUGCUAGCAGCAUAUAAAUAGCCUAUUUUUUGUAUAGUGGGAACUAAUACUGAACUUUGUUGAUUGCUAUGGAAAUAUAUUAGUAUAAAUUUUUUUUGGUGCAA